UUUUUCUUUUUCCUUCAAAAUUGUACUGUUUCCCUGUGUUGGACCUUGAGAAGACACAUAGUUAGAAAGAAAGAAAUUACAAUGAGAAAAGCAGUAGUGAUUGUGUUUUUCAGCCUCUGUAUGGCCGUGGAGGUGAGUGGUGCUGCAGAUAAGACGAGAGGAUCUGUGAAAGAAAACCCUACACUAGAAAACACUAAGGAAGCGAAACAAGCUGACCCUGUUCCUGCAAGCAACAGCAUUUCAUCACCUUUUUUAGGUAAACUGCUGGUGGUGCCCAUGGAUGGGAGCCACUGGGUGGGCAUAAAAGCCAUUGCCCAGGAAAUGGGUCGACGUGGACACCAGGUUACUGUGGUGAUACCAGAAUUUAGCAUGAGGAUGGGCCCAGGAAAACAUUACAACACCAUCACCUUUCCAGUCCCUUAUGACCAGGCUGUCAUUGACCAUUUGAUGUCUCUGAACAAGGAUACACUGAAGAAAUCUACAGAGCCUUUUUUGGAGAGGAUACAGUCAAAAUUUUCUCAAUUCCAAAGGAUUUUCAAUUUUAUACACAUCACUGUAGAGAAACUACUGUUCAACACCAGUCUCAUCUCACAUCUGGAGCAGCAGAACUUUGAUGCCGUUUUGACAGACCCUAUGAUACCGGCAGGCUCAUUAAUAGCUCGAAAAUUAGGCAUCCCCACCAUUAAUCUGCUGCGUGGGAUUCCAUGUGGUCUGGAUUUGACGGCUGCAGGUUGCCCCGCCCCAAGCUCAUAUGUGCCUCGGUUUUUUACUGGAUACACAGACAAAAUGAACUAUAAGGAGAGAAUUAUCAACACUUUGGUGAGUUUAGUGGAGCCACUUUUCUGUCGACUGCUGUACUGGAAGUUUGAUAAUAUAGCCUAUCAGUUCCUGGAAGAAGAGGUGGGCAUAGCAGAAGUGCUGUCAGAAUCUGAUAUCUGGCUGCAGAGGAUUGACUUCACACUGGAGUUCCCCCGUCCCCUCAUGCCAAAUAUAAUUCUAGUUGGUGGAAUCAACUGCAACGUGAGAAAUCCUCUUCCUCAAGAUUUAGAGUCAUGGGUUUCAGGAAAGCACGGCUUUGUAGUCUUUACUCUGGGCUCCAUGGUGUCAGAUAUGCCAGAAGAGAUCACCUCCAUCUUUAUAGAAGCUUUCAGACAGAUUCCACAGAAGGUCAUAUGGAGGUACACUGGAAAGGUUCCUGGGAACAUUCCAGAUAACGUGAAGAUAAUGAAAUGGGUGCCACAAAAUGACCUACUAGCCCAUCCUGGAGCACGAGCUUUCAUCACUCAUGCUGGCUCGCAUGGUCUGUUUGAGGGUUUGUGUCAUGCUGUCCCCAUGGUGAUGGUGCCAAUUGGUGGGGACCAACCUGAUAAUGCAGAGAAGAUGGCGAGCAGAGGAGCAGGAGUCGUGUUGGAUAUAACUUCUGUCACCACAGAAAUAAUAAUUCAAGGACUGAAUGAAGUCAUCAAUGACACCAGGUACAAGGAGAACGUGGAGAAGUUGUCAUCUCUUCAUAAAGACCGGCCGAUUGAACCACUCAAUCUUUCAGUGUACUGGACAGAAUUUGUGAUGCGACACAAAGGGGCAAAGCACCUGAAAGCUGCUGUCCAUGGUCUCAACUGGUUCCAGUACUUCUGCCUGGAUGUUUUGGCACUAAUGGCUGCUGUGGUGCUGGUUUUUGUAAUACUGCUGACAAAAUGCAUGAAAGUGUGCUUCCAGAAACUUGGUAGGAAGAGAAAGCAGGACUAAGAUGAUGAUGAUAUAAAUUACUUUGUAUCUUCACCUCACUGUAAAGGAACAUUUUU